CAAAUGUCAUUGAAGUUGUCAAAGUUUUGUAAAAACUUUCGUGUUUGUGUUUUCGUAUUUUCUAUAAACAAAUCGACCGUUUUUCUAAUGAGAACUGUGUAAAAAGUUACAAUUUCUAUCCAUUAACGUAAAAUAGUGCCCUUUUCGUCUAAUUUUAGAUGACUCUCGGACGCAAAUACCUCAAUUGUUCCGGGAAUGCGGGGGACGCUCGUAAAGUGUAUGCUAGCCAGUCGAAGGCUGGGACUCUGUCUGGGUGCUCCUCUUCAAUAUCUCUCUCCGAUAUGAUUGAGCCACCAGACUACGAGGAGGUAUGCGACCGGCUGAUGGGGGAGCGGGACCCUCUUGCAUACCCCACCAGUGACAUCGAGCUGCUAACCGUGCCACGCCGCAUCCGCACCCGAGGGCAUGUGCUGCCACAAGAGGAUCUGGCGAAAGCGCCGAUGUUCGUCCGCGACUGCAUCAGCUGCUACACGUCAGACUACACUGUAGUGGAGUACAAGUACCGCGCGCACUCCGGCUCGGCGUACGGUCGCGAGCGGCUCGCCGAACGGCUCGAGAAGCUGCUCGCCGCGCCGCUGCAGCACUAUGAGAUUGACGCCGAACAUUCCACGUCUAUGGAGGAGCUCGCUUCUCAGGCACAGUUCAGUGAAUCUCAACCAUCAAGCGGUCGUCAAUCAGUAGCCUCUAUAUCCUCGUCAUCAUCCUGCAACGAGACCCUCACUCCUCGAGGCUCGUGGGCCAGCUUGGACCUUCGCAGCUCCUCGUCGGACCCUCUGCUUCCUGAUGUCUUCGAAAAGAAACCUCCGGACCAGGUUGACGCUAUUAAUGAAGCCAAAAGACUGGAGAAUCGUCAGGCAGAUCUUCUAGGACUGUAUGCUCCAUACUUGGAUGAAGAAGAGGCGGUAGAAAGACGCUUGGCAGCGGAAAUGCCGUGCGAACUCAUGGGGCAUAGGAUUCUGGUGCAGUGUCAUCAGCUCAAAUUAGAACUGGAUGUAGAACCACUGUUCGCCUCAAUGGCCCUCUACGAUGCCAAAGAAAAGAAGAAACUGUCAGAAAACUUCUACUUCAACCUAAACUCGGAGUGCACUCGACAGAUGCUGUCGACUCACAUCCCUCACGCAGAUCUAUCGACGCUGAGUCGCAGUGCCGUGUUCGAUAUACUGAACCCUUCUGCAGAUGUCUUCUUAGUUGUAAGAGUUGAGAAGGUUCUACAGGGAGACGUCAAUGAAUGUGUCGAACCUUAUAUUAAGGACGAUAAGAAUCGUGAGAAGGUCCGUGCGGGAGCGCAAGCGGCAUGCUCCCGGCUGGGCCGCUACCGCAUGCCGUUGGCUUGGAGUGCCGUGUCGCUGCUGAACAUCCUCAGCGGCUCCAACAGUCUGGAGAGAGAUGCGCAGCCGCAGGAGUCGCCCGCUAACUCCUCUAACACUAACAGUCUGGAUCGCAAAGCGUCAUCCAGUAGCCUGGAACAGCUUCGUCGGCGCGCGGGCGAGGUGGGCGGUUCCCUCACACGCAAAGGUUCGAUCGAACGUCGCGCCGCGGCCGCGCCGCACGCGGACGAUCUCGUGGCCCAUCUGGAUAGCUUCAAGCCGAUCGUAAUCACUGUUACCAGCUUUUUUAAACAGGAAACAGACAAGCUUAGAGACGAAGACUUAUACAAAUUCCUGGCGGAGAUCAAGCGCCCGAGCUCAGCGCCCAAGAAACUCAAAUGCAUUCCCGGGACACUUAAAAUCGAAGUCGCCCCUUGUCCUGAUGAAAUCAAGAAUGGGCUCACUCCGGAGUUGGCUAAGCUUGCGCCUUUCAGUGAGGAGAACAUGCGUCCGUGCAAGGAAGUCCUACCGUUCCCGCUGGUGGCGCCCGCUCUGCCGCACGUUCAGUAUCGCAACCUGCUGUUUUUGAACGUGCGCGAACUGAACCUGUCCGCGUACGCGUCCCGUACGGCGUCCGCUAGGAACAUUACGGUGAGAGUGCAACUGAUGUCUGGUGAGGAGCAGUCGGCCGCGCUGCCGGCGAUAUUCGGCCGAAGCUCCUGCCCGGAGUUCAGUACGGAGGCUUACACCACUGUGCUGUACCAUAAUAAGAAUCCAUCACUAUACGACGAAAUAAAGUUAAAACUACCCGCGGAUCUGGGCGACCAACAUCACUUGCUGUUCACGUUCCUUCACGUAUCGUGCCAACGCAAGCCCGUGGCGCCAGAACAGGAGAAGAGUGUUGAGACCAUUCUGGGAUACUCGUGGCUUCCUCUAUGCCGCAACGGCAAACUGACAUGCGGCGAGUUCAAUUUGCCAGUGAUGCAGGAGGAACCGCCGGCUAACUACUCGUAUAUCUUCCCGGACGUGCUGUUGCCCGGGACGAGAUGGAUCGACAACCACAAGCCCAUAUUCAAUAUUGCCUUGGAUGCGUAUACCACUGUACAUCCCCAAGAUGGCUAUAUCGAGCGAUUCGUGCUGGCUUGCGAAGCUGUACAAGAGGGUAACAUCCCUCCAAGAAUUGGCCUCGCGAACAUGGAGACUGAGUUACGGGCCAGUAUAUCAGAACUACCGACCGCGAACGUGGAAGCUCUAGCCAGAUAUUUGCCCGUGGUGGCGGAUAAGUUGCUACAACUGCUAGUGGCGCCCCCCUCGCUCGCGGGAGUGACACUAAACAUCGCGCAAGAUGUCUUCACGUGCCUUGCUCAUCUCUUCACUGAUAUCACUAAUAUGAACGAGGGCGCCACUUGCGACGCCCACGGCCGCAGCGGACUGAUAACCAGCUAUAUCCAGUACCAGUGUCGCAUCCCACGACCCUCGCUGUCUGAUAGAGAUAUUGGACUACCCCUACCACCAUCCGUUCUGACGGACGGCUCGUGCAAGAUCCUGCAUGAGGAGUUGGCGCUGCAGUGGGUUGUAGCCAGCGGUGCCACGAGGGACUUGGCGAUGCAGAACUCUUGGGCACUGUUCGAGCUGAUGAUAAAGUCCAUGGUGGAGUAUCUCUACUGGAGCGGGGCUCACGAGGCGCCUCGCAAGGCGCGCUUCCCUGACCAGUUCACUGACGACCUCAGCACCCUUGUCAAUAAUGUCACCGCCGAGAUCAUCUCCAAAUACGGCAAAAACAGUCGCCUAACUCAAAGCCUGAACAACAGCCUAGCGUUCUUCCUGUUCGACUUGCUGAGUAUCGUCGACCGAGGAUACGUGUUCAACCUCAUACGCGGCUACCACAAGCAGAUGUGUGCCAAGAUUGCCUCCCUACCUGACGCAGUGCCGCUGGUGCAUUAUAAGUUAUCAUUCCUCCGUAUAAUUUGCUCCCACGAGCACUACGUAUCACUAUGCCUACCCGUCGGCGCGUCGGGCGCCGUGUCGCCGGCGCCGUCUGCCCGCUCCGGCGGCUCGGAGGACGGCCGGCGCAAAGCCGUGUCAUUGUCCGGCGAAUUCCGCACCAGGCAUUACCUCGCCGGACUUCUGCUCGCCGAUCUCACCGCUGCCUUAGAAUUACAGAGCCCGGUAUUACAAUGCGCGGCAGUCAACGCAGUGCUGUCUCUACUGACGGCCCACGACGCAGACCCUCGUCUGUCGCAGCCCGAUGUGAAGGCAAGAGUCGCAGCACUUUAUAUGCCGCUUCUUGGCAUCGUAAUGGACGCCCAGCCACAGCUGUACCGAGGAUUUGAUAGUGGCAAAGAAAUAUUACAACUAGAUGGCGAAAUGACUCAAUUUGGCAGUAUGUACGCGCCGCCUUCACCUGAAGAUUUCAAACAGAACGGCCGGCCUCCAUUCAACAGUGAAACCAGCCGCAAUCUGCUGAUGUGUUUGGUUUGGUUGCUCAAGUGGAGCGACCGCGGCGCGUUGGCGGCCGCCGUGGCUGAACUGCCCCCAGCCAGAUUACACUGCUUGCUGGCACUUAUUGACCUUUGCUUCAAGUGCCAGGAGUAUAAGGGUCGUAAAGAGAUACUGAAGUGUGCGCAACAGAAUGUGCGUAAGACCACAGACAUCAAAGCUAAAUUGGAAGACGUUAUUCUUGGACAAGGCUCAGCUAGAUCAGACUUCAUUAUGCGACGAAAAGGGGGAUCAAGCGGUCGCGGCGGCGCGGGUCGCGAGCGUUGGCGUAAAGAGUGGGUACGCGGGGCAUCCAGAUCUAGGCCGGCCUCCCCCGCGCGCCCGCAACCCGCCCUGUCCGCUGCACUCUCCGCUGAAGUCGCUCUUACGUUACUGCACGCCAUUGAAACUAUCGUACAGUCAUGCAGUGGUCUAGAAGGAGGUCAACAGGCGUGUAGCGGCGCCCUAGCAGUUCUGUUGCGCGCGCUGCAACGGAACCAGAGCGCUACUGUGUUACAGCACAUGUUCGCCACGGUGCGAGCUUUGAUAUUGAAGCUGGGCUGGUCGUGGUGUUCGGAAGAAGCCGGUCCGGGCACGUGCCGGGUGCUGUUGCGGCACUGCGCCGCGCUGUGUGCCAGCACGCGCGCGCACGCGGCCGCCGCACUCUACGCUCUUAUGCGGCACCAUUACCAUCUCGGGAACAACUUCAGCCGCGUAAAGAUGCAAGUGACAAUGUCGCUGUCAUCCCUGGUGGGCACAUCCACCACGUUCAGCGAGGAGUCCCUGCGGCGCGCGCUGAAGACCGUGCUGAUGUACGCCGAGCACGAUCAGGACUUGCAGGACACCAACUUCCCUGAACAAGUAAAAGAUCUGGUGUUCAACCUCCACAUGAUCCUGAGCGACACGGUCAAGAUGAAGGAAUUCCAGGAAGACCCAGAAAUGUUGCUAGACCUCAUGCACCGUAUAGCGCGCGGCUACCAGCACAGCCCGGACUUGCGGCUGACUUGGCUCAGCAACAUGGCACAGAAACAUAUGGAGCGAUCGAACCAUCUAGAAGCUGGCAUGUGCUUAGUACACGGAGCCGCGUUAGUGGCGGAGCAACUGCGGUCGGGCGGUCGCGGCGCCGCGUUGCUGCAGAAAGUGACGCACAACGCUCUCGACGAGAGCUGCGCCGACCCGCUGCAUCACCACCUCACUGCUAAUGAGUUGCAGGCGUUGUUGGAGCACGCGGCAGGAGAACUCAUGACAGCCGGCAUGUAUGAGACUGUCAACGAGGUGUACAAGGUGCUCAUACCCAUCGCGGAGGACAACCGCGACUACAAGAAGCUGGCCAAUAUACACGGCAAACUGAACGAGGCGUUCACCCGUAUAGAGCAAUUGCACGGCAAGCGAAUAUUCGGCACGUACUUCCGCGUGUCGUUCUACGGCGCGCGGUUCGGCGACUUGGACGGCGAAGAGUUCGUUUAUAAGGAGCAUGCGCUCACCAAACUACCCGAGAUCUUCAGCAGACUUGAGAACUUCUACGGGCAGCGUUUUGGGACAGAAAAUGUAGUAAUCAUCAAGGACUCUAAUAUGGUGGACGUUAGCGCGUUGGACCCAGACAAGGCGUACAUACAAAUCACAUACGUCGAGCCGUACUUCGAGCCGCACGAGUUACGCACAAGACUGACACACUACGAACGCAACUAUAACAUCAAACGGUUUAUGUACGCAACGCCGUUCACGGCGGGGGGCAGAGCUCACGGGGAGCUGGGCGAGCAGUGCAAGCGGAAAACAUUGCUCACCACCGCGCACCACUUCCCUUAUGUCAAAACUAGGAUACAGGUAGUGCAGCGCACACAAAUAAUACUGACGCCUAUCGAAGUAGCCAUUGAAGAUAUACAGAAGAAGAUCCAUGAGCUAGCUGCAGCCACAAGUCAGGAACCCCCCGACCCUAAAAUGCUACAAAUGGUUCUACAAGGAUGCAUCGGUACUACGGUCAAUCAAGGACCCUUAGAAUUGGCGCAGGUGUUUCUGGCGCCGGUGGUGGAGGGAACCCAGCCGCCCACGAGGCUCACCAACAAGCUCCGGCUCGCAUUCAAAGAUUUCUCUAAAAAGUGUCACGACGCGUUGCGCAAGAAUAAAAACCUAAUAAGCAGCGAGCAGAGAGAGUACCAGCGCGAGUUGGAACGCAACUUCCAGCGCUUCACGGAGCGCCUCGCGCCGCUCAUACACGCCACGCCCUCACACGUCGCGCACUUGACGAACGGCUUGAGCAAAAUCGACUACAAAUUACAAGCUUAAUCAGAAUCACCAGCGAUAGAAGUUCAUAGAACAAUUCUCCGUUACAAACAAACUAAAAUAUACUAAGAUUUCUCAAGUUACAGGUUGUUUAGUUGUAGUUUUUAUGUAAUAUCAGAAUCUAUUAUUUGCAUUUAUUCUAUCGUACUUAAUUAUAUUAAGAAACAAUAUGUAAAAUUAUAUAGUAAUAAAAAUAAAAUGAAUACAGUCAGAAUUCAUAUCUAUAAGUACGCGACAGGUCGAGAUGGCAAGCCCACUGUCGCGCACUAAAGCCAACCAUAUAUUAUACCAAGUGAUAAUAAACACAUAUUUUAUUUGUCAUACAAUUACGUGUAUUUAAGCCAUUUUUAAGCAACUAGAUUGUGAUGGCAGCGACUUCGUCCGCGUGAAUGAAGGUUUUUAAAAAUUCCGCGGGAACUCUGAUUUUCCGGGAUAAAAUAGCUGUCGGUCUCCGAGAUGCAAGCUAUUUUUGUACCAAAUUUCGUCAAAAUCGGUUAAAUGGAUGGGUCGCAAAAAGUAGCAGACAGACUCUUUACUGCAAUAUUAUGUAGCCGUAUUCUUUGAUAUUUACUUAGUAAUUAGAAAUGUAUUAAACGUGUACCUUUUUAUUAUUAAUUAUAUUAUAAAUACCUAAUUUUAAGUGGCUGUAAUACUCAAAAAAAUUUAGUUCGAUAGGUGUUCAGACUACAAUCACAAAUAAUUAUAUCAACAUAAAAUUAUAUAUGUUAGUAUGUUACGCAAUAGUUUUUAAUACAUAUUGUUCCUAAUCUUUAAACUCAGCUACAAUCCUAAACAGUGACCAAAGUUUUGUUUAAUUAACAAUGGCGUCGAAUAUUAUAAGAUGUUUUUCUCUAAACUAAAUUUAGAGUGUCUGCAUCUUUUUUCUUUUUGAUGUUGCUAGCAAAGACUAAAUUUUAGUUCACUCUACAAAUAAUAGACUUACGACUGGUACCUAAGGUCACGAGAUUAGAGUUCUAAAGUUAAUUAUUUUUUUCUGUCCUUUUCUUAUUACAUUGGUAAGAAAAAUAAGCGAAUACUCUAUUUAUUGAUUUAGUUGCGCUUAGAUUCAGUACCACCGUCUUGCAAAACAACAAAUAUGUGCAAUUUUUGUACCCACCUAGGUAAGAUAUAUCAAUAAAUUAUUUUUAAGUGA